AUGGCAGCUGCCUCUGUGCUCACUCCAAGCUCUCACUACCAACCGCCGUCCUUUGCCGCUUCGACUUACCCUCCCCAGUCGUCGUCCGCAAACUCGCCAACGCCCGCCAUGAUUUCCUCCUCCGAGCCGCCCCGUCGCGCACCCGACGACAACAGCAGCCCCCCCGAAGCGCCUGCUCGUCAAUCACUGCCUUCCAUAUCCGAAGUUAUCUCGGGUACCGGCCGCGGACCUUAUCCUCCUCCGCCUGCUCACGGCAGCUUGCCGCCACAGCCCGGCUCGGGUGGCCUACCAUCGCCCUUCGCUCCCCCCUCACGCCAGUACAACGACUCAGACAAGCACUCCAGGUCGCCCCAGCCUCUUCACCCGGCCUCUUUCCCUCCGCGGCAGGAUGCCAUUCCCGCCUUUGCCGACUCCCCCAGACCUCCCUUCAGCGGCCGCCCGGGCCUGCCGCCCGUGACGGAUCGCAGGCCGACGCCGCCUGGUAAACCUGACGGCCCUUCUCACCACGAUCACCGCUCCAUCUCGGGCGGCUACCCGCAACCACCUGCUCCCACCUCACAUCCUUAUCAGCCUGGUCCCAUGCCCCACGGUCAGAUGCCGCUGCCCGGGUAUCCCAUCUCCCCCCGACACGAGCACUACGACGCUCCUCGCCCGCAAACCCACGGCGAACCUGCUCCAUAUGCACGCAGCCGAUAUGAAGCUGCACCAAGACACUACGAGAACUGGUCGUACCACGAAUCCUUCAGCCGAAUCGCAUCCAGCUCCCGCACACUCUUCACCUUUGCCGAGGUUUAUAUACGAGCAGCUCAAGAGCAGCAGGCUGCUCAUGGCUCGUUCGACCGCCUUCCUAACGAACGCGAAGUGAACGAGAUGCUAGCAAACGUCGACUAUAUCAAACGCUCUUUGGAACAGGUCCGCGACAUCGUUCAACAUACCGAGCGUGCUCGUGAAGGUGCCAAAAACAAGAGUCACUAUGACGAAGGCCACGACCCCAUGUACAGUGACGGCAUGAAGCCGCACUAUCCUGUGAAUGAGGUCAAGAAGCGCCGUGGUCGCGCCGCGCCACCUGGGCGUUGUCACAGUUGCAAUAGGAUCGAUACGCCCGAAUGGCGGCGAGGUCCCGACGGCGCCCGCACAUUGUGCAAUGCCUGCGGUCUGCACUACGCCAAACUCGAACGCAAGCGCCAGCUAGAGGCUCGAGCAAUGCGGCCGAAGACGGAGGAGCGCAACUAA